AUGUUUGGCAAAGUGAUUGUCUUGAUUGUUUCCAUUUUAAGUUUGUUACUUACUUAUAAUUUCAUUAAGACAUCACUUGUAUAUAAAAACAAACAAGAGGUUGAUCAAAUAUUGAGUUACUUGAAUAAGUAUUUGACUCAAACAUAUUUUGCUCCAUUAGCAACUAAAACUUAAGUAAUAAAUCAAUAUUGAUUAAGUACUAUAGUAUAACUCAAUAUUGGUCAAACCAGAAAUAGAUUAUUGUAAACGAUCAGAUUUAUACAAAUUUUAUCAUUCUGAUAUUGUGAUGAAAGAUACUUAUACUUUUAGAGAAGCUAGAGGUGUUAUAAGAGAGACGUUAAGAUCUUCUUAUUAUGAUUGCAUUCCUUAAAUGACAUACAAAUUAAAAAAUACUUAAUGUAAUAUCAAAUAUUAGAUAAUGAUAGUUUUACCAAGACACGUAUUACCUAUUUAAUUAACAGUUCCUUUUACUUAUUAUGAUUAAUUAGUGCAUAAAUUUUAAGUAGGCUAAGGUAUUAUCAUCAAAUAACAAAUUAGAAUCAUUAUGUUUAUUCCAAAAAUACAAUCAUUUGAUAACUAGGCACGUGCUUUCACAUAAAGAUAAUCUAAUGAAUAAUUAAUACUAAUAUUUGGAUACUCUAAGAAAAAAUGGAGUUGAUUAAGAUUGUAUAAACAAUGCAACAUUCAUUCCUAAAACUUAUAGACUAUUUAACAAACUAGAUUGUGAAGAGUUUUUUACUUAUUUAGAUUCAACUGAAUAUAAAUCUUUAAUAGAAAGAGAGGGUCCAUAAUUUAUAACUAAGGUUGGUUUGGAAGUUCAUAGAGGAAGAGGAAUUAAGGUUCUUUUUCCAGAUGAAACUAAAAUCUUAUAAGACACUUAUAAACAUGGCAAAAGAUGUGGAAUUGAAAAAUCUUUACUUGUUGCAUAAAAAUAUAUUGGAAAUCCUUUGUUAUUUAAUGAUCAUAAAAUAGAAUUUAGAGUAUAUUGGGUUAUUGCAUCAACAAAUCCCAUUAUAGCCUAUGCAUACGAUAAGACAUUAAUUAGAAGAUGUAUAGCUCCCUUUGAUAAAUUUUCUUUGGAUAAGGAAGCUCAUGUUUGUAAUACUGCUAUUGUGUAAAAUACUUUAUAGAAAAAGGGUUCUAACUUAUUUAUGAAUGAUGAAAAUUCUGAUGAAUCAGAGUUGUAUAUAGAUUGGAAAUUAGAUUAUCUUUAGGAACUUUUAUUAAAAUAAGGAAAAAUCAAAGACACUAAAUGGCUUUAAAAUUAUUUGCAUCCUACAAUUGAUAGAAUGAUCAUUCAUGCAAUUAGAUCAGCAUAACAAAAAUUCAAUAGAGAUAGUAGAUUAGCUGAAUUUUUUGCAGCUGAUUUUAUUUUAACGGAUGAUUUACAAAUACAUAUUAUGGAGAUGAACUACAAUCCAUAAACCUUGAAGACAACUUUGGCAAGAGAAAGAUAGCAUGCCAAAAUGACCCAAGAUAUGAUUGAAAUACAAAAUGCUUAUCUUAGAAGCAAAUAUUUAAGAUUUAAAAAAAUUAUUACAAGAUUAGCAAAUAAAAUGAACAAAGAGAAAAGACCUCUCGAUUCAUUGUUAACCAACAAAACUAUCGAUGAAAUUAAUGAAGCUUAUAUUGAUAAACUUGAUUAAGGAAUAUAAUUAAGUGAAGAUAAUCUAUUUAGAUUAAUAAUGGAUGAAAAUUUACCUGGAACUAAAAAGUACAAAGAUCUUUUGUAAUAAAAGUGUAUUUGA